CGAGCUAUUACCGUCAACUUUACAGUACCCAGACUGCCAAACCAGUUCCUCUAUAUAUACUGUUAGUUCAUAAUUACAGUUACCAUAGAGAGACAAAAGCAAGAAAACUGAAGAAUGAAGAGGUGUAAGAUUUUCUCUUAUUAUUAUUAUUAUUAUUACUUUCUUCUGUUUUCAAAUUUCCAAAAGUCUUUUCUCAGAAAAUGUAUACGCAUUCUUCCAGGAAUUUCAAGAACAAAGGAAAAGCAGUGGAAUAUGAAUCCGAUAAAACCGAAGAAGAAGAAGAAGAAGACGGGUUGAGUCAGAUUGCAGAGGCGCCGGUGACUUGCAUGACAAUCCAGAAACGACAAACCUACAAAAGACGCGAAGAGUUUUCCGGCGAGCAAUGGAGGAAUGAGCAGAUGAGCAGAGCAGAGAGGCUGGAGAAGCAACUGAAGACGAGAUGGGCGGUUGAAGAACUGAUUGAAGAGCAACUGAACCGCUUCCACGCGCAAUACAAUCAGGCCAUGAUCCCAACCAGGCUCAAGGACAUCGCGCACCUCUUCACGCCGAAAUGGGCGCCGCCGCAGGAACUAGCGUCGGCGCUGUCAUGGUACGGCGAUUGGCGGCCGUCCACUAUCCCGGGCCUCCUCCACUCCCUCAUCAAUUCCUCGUCUUCGUUUUCCGCCGACUCCGACAGGGCCAAAACUGUUAUGUCGCAGCUGAUCAACGAGCUGCGCGUGGAGGAGGCCGUGAUCGACGAGGAAAUGGCAGAGAUCCAAGCAAACUGCAUCUUCCAUCUCCCUUUCGGGAUAACAAAGAAGAAGAAGAAGAAGAAGAAGAAGAAGAAGAAGAAGAAGAAAGAUGGAGAAGAAGCAUUAGCCUGUGUUUACACCGAGUUUCGGAAGGUUCAUCAGGUACUGACUAAGGCACAAAAUCUGAGGUUGAAAGCCAUGGACAUGGCGGUCAAGAAGGUGCUAAGCCCAACAGAUGCUGCAGAAUUCUUAGUUGCGUUUGCCAAGAUUCAAGAUUUGAUCCACCAACACGCUAUCAACAUGAAGCUGACAAAUGGCCCAGUUUCUCUACCCACCAAGUAACAGAUUGAUCAGAUAACCUCAGAAUCAAACAUUAUUUCAGAAAAUUUUGUACAGACUUGAGAUGUAUAUAAUGUCUACUGUUGUUUUGUUUUAGAGCUUUGUUGAACACAGACUUGAGAGUGUUAGAACAGAUGAAAAGAAACUCCCUUUCCACUUCUUAGCUUGUUGAUGCAUGCUAAAGGG